UUCAAAACCAAAAAUAGUCGUAAUCUAAUUCGACAUCAAUUAAUUCAUUCAUCAAUAAAACAAUUUAAAUGUGAUUUUAAUAAUUGUAAUAAAGAAUUUGCACAAAAUCAAAGUUUAAUUGUACACAAAAAUUCUGUUCAUCUAAAUGUGAAAUUUGUGUGUAAUUUCAAUGAAUGCCACAAAAGUUUUACAACAAAAUCUGCUUUAAUUAAACAUAAAAGUUGUGUUCAUUUGAAGAAACAUAAAUUCAAAUGUAAUGAAAAAAAUUGUGACAAAAUAUUUACUGCAAAAUCGAGUUUAAUUUCACACAAACGCAUACAUUCGGGAGAAAAACCAUUUGUUUGUAAUUUUAACGAUUGUGACAAAAGUUUUGCCGAUAAAUCUAAUUUUAAAGAUCACAUCGACAGACAUAGGGAUAUAAAAAGCCAUAAAUGUAUUCAUAAUAAUUGUAAUCAAAGAGAUUUGCGUCAACACUUUGAAUUGUAA